AUGGUCCUCAACGAAAACGAGCCCGUCACCGUGCACUUCGCGUCAGAUUUCGUAUCGCUGGACCAGGCAGUGUCUGAUCUUCAAGCACCCAAGCCCGAGACCCGCUGGUGUCUCCUGGAGCUGCCGCCGGAUCAGCUCAAGACUUUGGAGGAGGGGCAAAGCUUCCAUUUUCGCGAACUGAGUGGCGGAGCGAAGAUGCUCACGGUAGCCCUGGCUCUCGCUUUGCCUUCUGCGCAUGCACGGCUAGGAGAAGCCCCAAGGAACGUGACUGGCCCAUCGCCGGAAGAUCUCCUCCCCGGCGGGGCAGCACGCCGGGAAGAGUAUUGGGAGAACGCGACAUUGCGAUUCAACGUGGACCCAAGCAUGUCGGAGCUCCAGAACAUGCGCAGGCGUGCCGGCUACGAAUAUUUGGCCACCACGACCCGGUAUGGCGACACCUGCUGUGCCUCCUGCGGUUCCAUCGACACAGCCCGACUAGUCCGGGGCACAGGCUUCUACGCCGUGGCAUCUGCCGAGUCCAUGCAGGACCACGGCAUCGGAGAUGGGCACUAUUGCACGCAGGACGCCUCCUCGAAUCGUGGAACCCAAGGAAUGGGAUGCCUGUCUUGCGCCAAGGGCAAGUUUCUGCCGGCCCACCCCUUUUCCUACCCUCUCUGGGCGCAGCCGGGCGCCGGUAUCUUCGAGCGGGAGAUCAAAAUCGUGGUCGCGGACACUUGCCCGCAUCAUGGCAAUGAGGCCUGGUGCCCUGCCCGACAGGGUCGUGGGAACAGGUUCGGCGUGAAGCACCACUUCGACUUUGCGAAUCCGCCGGCCAAGUAUGACAACUACUACUUCGUGUGGACGAAGAUCGAGUGCCCGGGCCGAGUGAAGCGCCGCUAUGCGCAGCUGAGCAGGUGCUAG